AUAAGAAAAAAAAAAUUGCUUUUAAAAACACAUAACUCAACGUAAAACCUAUGAAGUGAAGGAUUGAUUAACUAAAAUCAUAUAUAAUUUCGUUGCGGCACUGUGUGCGUUCGAAAUUACUGAAGACGCGUAAAGAUGCAAGAAAUCUCCACUUCUCAUAUAUUAUCGGCUAUAGAUCCCCAUGCAGCUGCUAAUGGCUCUGGCAAUGAAACCCAUCACAGUCCGCAGCGCUUGCGCGACGACAUUUUAAAUAGCUCGGCCAAGUUGACAGGCAGCCGUAACAGUCCCAAUGUUAUGGAACGUAAUCUGCAUGUAACCUUAGAUGAGCGCGAGUUAUGGUUGCGCUUUCAAAAUCUUACCAAUGAAAUGAUUGUAACUAAAAAUGGUCGUCGCAUGUUCCCAGUAGUGAAAAUUAGCGCAUCUGGGCUAGAUCCGGCCGCCAUGUAUACCGUCUUGUUGGAAUUCGUGCAAGUUGAUACUCAUCGCUGGAAAUAUGUGAAUGGGGAAUGGGUACCGGGUGGUAAGGCAGAAGUGCCGCCAUCAAAUCCGAUUUAUGUGCAUCCCGAGUCUCCCAAUUUCGGCGCACAUUGGAUGAAGGAGCCCAUAUCCUUUGCCAAAGUUAAAUUGACCAAUAAAACGAACGGCAACGGUCAGAUUAUGUUAAAUUCAUUGCAUAAAUAUGAACCACGCGUGCACCUGGUUAGAGUAGGCUCAGAGCAACGACAUGUGGUAACCUAUCCAUUUCCUGAGACACAGUUUAUAGCUGUAACCGCUUAUCAAAAUGAGGAAGUGACCUCAUUGAAAAUCAAAUAUAAUCCCUUCGCUAAAGCUUUUUUAGAUGCUAAGGAACGUCCUGACACUUUAUACUCUCAUGAUGCUCACUAUGGCUGGCUAAUACCACCACCUUCUCAUUACAACGCAGCAACAGUAAAUUCUUCCAGCGCGGCAACUUUAUCAUUGAGUAACACCCCACUCGCUCCGGGUGCUUGUGAUCGUUACGGCAGAGCAUUGCCCAGCAGAUCAAGUUUAUCGACCAGGCCUGCACCAUAUACCAGACCGCGUAUAAUAACUGGGUCCGGCGCAGGUUCAAAUGGCAGCACGGGUAAUGCUUCGCCACCGCAGCUCCCCUCAGCACCGCAAACACCCAACAACUUACAACAAUCAAGCACAACUUUAAACAAUUCUUCGCCAAACAGCUUCUCUAGUUCCUAUAGUCAAUCGAGUUUUAUACCGGUCGAGCCUAGUUCUUCUACCACCGUGUACACAUAUCCUGGAUCCUGGCAAAGCAAUGGCAACUAUUGGAGUUCGUCAACAGUAUCGGCUGGACCAAUGCCAACCAACACUGCCAGGGUUAUAUCCUCGCAUAACUCUCCCUCGCCUAUUAACAAUAGUUCCCCCACGUAUACGACACCCUCGCCAGGUUACACAUUGCACCAUCUGACCGCACCCCACAACCACCAGUACAGUGAAUCUGUGCAGUCUAUACAGACUACACAUGCAGCUGAUAUGUAUCAAAGCGCCGCUACAAGUUUAUCUGCUCAAACUUAUGCAACCCCUCCUGCUAGCCACCAUCAAGUUUAUCAUCCUACACCUACUUCCCCUAAUUCUCAUCAACUUUACACUAAUGUGUUAAGCGGUCCAACCCUUGGCUAUUCUAGCGCUUCCUGGCACAACGGCACCGCCGCAGAAUAUGGUUUAUAUCAAAACGCCGCUACUGCUUACGCCUAUCAACCGGAAUAUAUACCUUUAGUCUCAGAAAUCGGGUAAGCUUUUGAUAUCCUUAACGGGGGUCA